AUGUAUAGACAAAUACCUUUAUCUGUUGCGUUCAGUAGUGAAAACCCUGACGUCAAAAUAAAGGGGAACAGAGUAACGUUUAAGUUUCCAACAGACUGGAUUGUGAACAUAAAUGAAGAGAAGUACAUUGGCAUAACAAAUAUGUAUAUAACACGUGCUUUCAGAAAGGUUGACUUUAUACUUCAAGUCGAGAUAGAAAAUGACGAACAGUCUUUAAGCGCCCAAAACAUUCACAUAUACAAAUACUUUAAAGACGAUACAACAUUGCAACAAUGUAUGAUUUCAUUUAAUGAGAUGUUCGAGAAAAAGUUCAACAUUGAAGUACAAACUUUACAGCCUUUACGUGAGUUUCUUGCACAACUGAAAGAAGAAGGUAGUCAGCCACAACUUAUAGACUUUCAUUAUGAAUUUAAUGAAAAUGAAGAUGGAACACAUGACUGUCAGUUUGUUGUAUUCUCACCAUUCAAUGAAGUCGCUAAAGAGAAAGAA